AGUAAAUUCAAGGGGAGAGAGAGAGAGAGAGAGAGAGAAGCAUCGUCCGCGCGGGAACAGACGAGUUGAUUCCCUCCAAUUUCAUCUUCCGCUUUCCCCUCCGAGGAUCUUGUUGUACCUCAGAUUACGUAGCGUUACCCGAGUAUGCUUCAGCUCACUCUCAGAGAUUCUCAAGUUCUCUCAAAACCCUAGUUUCCGAGAUUUACUCUGUUGAUCACCUACAAUUGGGGUUAAAUUCAUGGAGAGUCCGGCUAAGCAAUCCGGGGAUGCGAUGGAGACUGACGGCACUGAGAUCGGCAAGCCAAUGCCUAGGAGUGUUCAACGCCGAAUGGUACAGUCAACGCUUCUUCCUCACAAGGCUCAAGAACACGAAGAGAAUGGAGGAGAUCAAGAGGAGGAAUUGUGCGGGAGUCAGGGCAAGAAGAAAAGAAAGUCGAAGGGAAAGACGACGCCUCAAUCGAGAAGCGCGAAGAAGCAAGCGAAGGAGAAGCGAGCGGUAAACUUGACGCCAAAGAAAAUUUUACAUGCUGAAGAGGCAACAACCCCAACUCGGACAAUUCCAGACCUGCGACUAGAGGCGAAAAUAAAUAGGGAGGAAAAUUUACGGAUGUUUCCUGGAAAUCAAGUACAUCCCUUUUUCGUAUCCCUAAAAGCAGGGAAGAAAAGUGAAGGGGAUACUCAAUCGGCAGAGAGAGGGCGCACUGUUGGGAGAAAGAAAAGCGGAACUGAUUGUAAUCCAAUUCACGUCUAUGAAAUAGCUGGGGAUGAUGAACUAUCGCCAGACUGGCAAAACUGGACAUUCCUUGACAAAAGUGUUGUAAAUAAUGGUCAUACCUUGCAAAACACUUGUUCAUCAGUAUUUGAAGGCUGCGUUAAGUCUUUAAGUGUAGAUGAUCUUCCAAAUGUGUUGCCUGCUUCUGGUGCAAUUGUGGAGCCCAUGGAUCAUGGUUUCGCCAAGCAAGAAUGCAUUAAAGAGUUAACAUCAACUGUAUACAAUGUGGAUGCUGAUGAGGAAAUGAUUAUCCGUCACGUCCUAAGUACUGCAGAAGUGGAUGGUAACCCGAAUAAAACACUUGGGCUUAGUGAUUGUAAAGCAGGGCCAAUCCUUGAUCAUCGAAGUAGAUUUCUUCAGAACAGAAUGCGGUCAUACUACGAUCGUUGUCAAAGCUGUCCCAAAAAUUGUUUAUGGACAUACAAGUAUCAGCCGAGGAUGGCCAUGGAGGUAUGCGGUAAUCUUGAAUCAGUCAAUUUUUUAAGUGAGUGGCUACAUCUCUGGUAUGAAAAAAAUUCCCGGAACAAGAAAGAUUUUGCUGGGGGAAAUAAAUUCCAGAAGCAAGAUAACAAUGGGAACUGUUAUCAGAGUGAUUCUGACUAUGAAAAUCCAGAUGGUGAGGAUAGCCUAAAGAAUGUACUCCUCGUCACUGGAUCAUCUGGGAGUGGGAAAUCUGCAGCUAUUUAUGCUUGUGCCGAAGAGCAUGGUUUCAGGGUUAUUGAGUACAGUGCAUCUGUCAUUCGAUCAGGAGCUGUUCUCAAGCAGGAGAUUGGAGGGGUUUUACAUUCUCACCAGCUAAAUUGGCCUGUAAAAGAUUUCCAGGGGUCAAGGAACAAUUUUAUUGAAAAAUAUCCUUCCUCUCUUCAAGAGGACAAUUUUGCCAAUGAGGUGACUGGACCCAUCCCUUUGUCAAACAAUGAUUCUGAUGAUAACAUUGAAGUUGGAGAAUUUGGAUACAUCGCAUCUGAAAGCACCAGCAGCCAAGGUGAAGCUAAGCCUUUAAUUCUUUUAGAGGACGUGGAUAUCCUUUUUCCUGAGGAUCGUGGUUUUAUUUCUGCAAUUCAAGAGAUUGCUGACACAGGAAAGGUUCCCAUAAUUUUGACCAGCAAUAGUAGCGAUCCUGUUCUUCCUGUUAGGUUGGACAGGCUACAAGUCUCUUUAAUACAACCAUCAUUAACGGAACUACUCAGCCAUUUAUAUAUGAUUUGUGCUUCUGAAGGAGUCAACAUCCAAAAAUGCUUACUUGAGCGUAUUAUUCAUUGUUACCACAACGAUAUUCGGAAAGCCAUUAUGCAUCUUCAGUUCUGGUGCCAGGGUAAAGAAUUUAGAGAUAAAAUUCAGAAAAAGUAUGGCUCACUUUUAUUUGAUCUUGAUGCUGGCCAUCAGAUACUUCCGGUGAUAAUGCCAUGGAGUUUCCCAUCUCAGUUAUCAGUGCUACUUGACAAAGAGAUCACAAAGUCGUUAUUAAGAAUGGAAACAACUUCUUGCUUGUUGGAAGCACGUGAAAGUGAAUUUUAUGAAGAGGAAAUGCAGAAUGGCCAGGACUAUCAAAAUUAUGAAAACAGUUAUCUUUUAGAUGCCAAGAAGGCAGCGAUGUUGAGUAGGAAUGGCUCUAUUCAAGAUCACAAUGACUUUGCAGUGAAGUUUGAUGCUGCACAUGAGUGUUCUGAUAUUUCAGGAACCACUAUUCCUUUAUCUAGUCAGAAGCGCCGAAGAAGGCUGGAUAUGGUGGUGUCUUCUGAUUCUGAAGAUGUGCAUGUCAACAAGGAAUGUUCUCAGGUCCCAAAUAGAGAUGACAGUAUAUUAUUGUCUCACCAACCAGCACCUCCAAAUUACUCGAGCCAAUUAAAUGGACUGCUUUAUCAUACGACAGAUAAUACUGUUGAAGAUAAUUAUCCAUGUUCAGAAACUGCAGGUGGUAUAGAUCUGAACGAGAUGUUUAUGUCUGUCACUACCUCAUACGUGCCAGAGUCAAUAUUUGUUCCUGAGACAGAAAUUCAUGAUACGGAGAUGUUUACCGAAAUGGCAUCUCAUGGGGAUGCUGGUGCCAGUCCAGAAGUUUCUAUGAAUGAGCUUUCUCAGAACGUGUUAUCAGUUGAAGCCAAUAGUUUCAAUUCACCUGCGCACCCCAUACAAGAAACUACGGCUGUUUCGGAAAAUUUUUGCAAUGUAUUUAAUUCAUCCCGCGAAGAGGGGGAAGAAUUUUCAUGUAAUGGACAUAUGGAAAACAUUAUCAGAACAUAUCCUGUGAUGGAUGAGUGCAGCCGUGUAGACUUUAACAAGUUCAAGACUAUAAAGAAACCUGAUUUGAACGUAUCGGGUGAUUCAGUGCAUAAAUUGUGGAAACAACUUCGCCACCAUCACUUAGAUCUUCUAGGGCAUCAUAUCGUGCCAGAAAAGCAAGAAACCGUUCAGAUUGUCGAAUUAGUUCAUAGAAUGAGCCAUCUAAUUUCAGAUUCAGACCUGUUGUUUUCUUCCUGCCAACUACAAGAUAAACAGACUUUUGUAUCUGAAGAGCCAGACUCAUUCUUCUUUGGAGGUCAGCAAUUGCAAAUGUCAUCUACAAUUGCUCAGCAUGGAUUUUGCUCCAUUGUGAGUGAUAUUGCUACCAUGGCUUCUCGUGUGGGCCUCGGUAGCUCGUUGGAUAUUGUACCAGAGAUGCUUGCCUCUACGACUAAUACAGCAGUAUCGGGAAAAUUAAUGAGGCACAAUAUGAUGGAUAGCUUCUCUUCCACUAAGAAAGAUAGUGAACUGAGCCUUCCAGAAAAUAGUCAUAUGCUAGAGAGAGAUAUGAAAUCACGUCUCUUGGACGUAGUUCAGCAUGUGGCUCCCAACAGAUUGCAUUUGGCACUGAAAGGUCUACAAUUCUUCGAAUAUCUUUCUUCGUUGCGCUGCAUUUCAAGAUCAGAGACGCUACGUAUCUUAAACGUCAAUGGCAAUGAUAAGACGAAAAGACGAAGGGGUCGUGUUGCACAACACUACUUGAGCACUGGUUCUCGUCUCUUCUCCCCGGAAGAUAUAACGCUGCUAGGAGAAUCUAACCUUCCAUACAAAGAUAUUCAUACUAACACCGUUAGGUUACUAUGAUAUAGUGAAUAGCUGUAGGGAAUAAAAAGCUAAUGAGAUAAUGAAUGGCUGUAGGGAAUAAAAGGUUAUUGAGAGUGAGGCCUUCAUUACAUUAGAAGAUUAGAAGAUUAGAAGUUUAACUAGGUUGGUAGAUAGUUUAUGCUUGUAAUUAAAUUUCUUCCCAUUUAUUUCAAGUUUACAAUUUUUUCAGUAA